CCCAACCCACAUGUCCACGUUGAAGACACGUUCAUCGUAAUCUAAUAACUAUAAUGGGAUAAGAUCGAAGAUUAACAUCGGAGGUUUUGCGCCAACCGAUGAUUAAUUAUAUCAUCAGAAUUCUUUUUAAAAUCCUUUUAUUUACAUCUUGUAAGCUGUAAUAUUAAUUUUAAGGAAAAGUAACCAGCAAGGCAAUUAAUUAAGGCCGGUGGAGAAGUCUAUGAAAUUAAACAAUACGAUAAGAAAAAUUAAUUAAGAGCAUAUGCUGUUUAGUACGGACGUAGAUUCCGUCGGCUUGAUGGAUCGAAGUUUUUGUUUGCGUAUAAAUACGAAGCUCGAGAAAAUGCCAUGAAUACAACGAACAGGAAAAAAAAAAAACGAUGAGGACAGGCAUCAUCUUCAAGCUUGUGAUGUUGCAGAGCCUUGCAGUUUCAUGCUUAGGGCAAGACUUUGACUUCUUCUACUUUGUUCUUCAGUGGCCAGGAGCAUACUGCGACUCGAGGCAGAGCUGUUGCUAUCCAAAGACAGGGAAGCCCUCGUCCGAUUUCAGCAUCCAUGGUCUUUGGCCUAACUACAACGACGGCUCCUAUCCCUCCAACUGCGAUCCCGACAGCCAAUUCCAUAAAUCCGAGGUUGAGGAUCUGUUAAACAAAAUGGCGGAGAAAUGGCCGUCGCUGGCAUGUCCGAGCAGCGACGGAGUCAGAUUCUGGGAACACGAAUGGGUCAAACACGGGACCUGUUCUGAAUCUGAACUGGACCAACAUGACUACUUCGACGCUGCCCUUAAACUCAAAGACAAAGCCAACCUCCUCCAAUUCCUCAAGUCCGCAGGAAUAAAUCCGGAUGACGGGUUUUACAGUCUAAAAGAGAUCAAGAAUGCGAUAGAAGAAGGGACUGGAUUCAGUCCAGGGAUCGAAUGCAACAAGGAUCCGUCACGCAACUCGCAGCUUUACCAGAUCUAUCUGUGCGUCGAUACAUCAGCCACAACCUUUAUAGAGUGUCCGAUUCUACCGCAAGGAAGAUGCGCUCCCGAGAUUCAGUUCCCCAAGUUCUAGAUGUUGUCUUAUGUUCUGUUUUUGUCUUCCCUCUGUUAUGUUUGUGAAAAAUGUCGUCAAAUGCAAUUUAAAAAAGAAAAUGGGCGUUUACAACGUG